AUGUCUUCCGGACCCAGAUAUCUUCGCUACCUCUUGUUCGCGGCAGUGGGAGUGACGCUAUUCUUCUUCAUCUCCCGCAGCGCAAUCCCCAUCCCUGAGAACAUCGGUUCCAAGAUCAACAACUACAAAGAUACCCUCACAUCUUCAUCGUCGUCGUCCUCCCAUUCCAUCUCCUCUCCCGGAUCCUCCAAUGGACAAUCCGCGGUGGUCCCCAAACCCGACGUCUCUUCCGGAAGCGCUGGCGCUUCCAGCGAGCGGGUGAAUGCGACGUUCGUCACCCUAGCCCGCAACAGCGAUGUCUGGGAGAUCGCCAAGUCGAUUCGCCAGGUGGAGGACCGCUUCAAUCGCAACUACCACUACGACUGGGUGUUCCUGAACGACAAGCCCUUUGAUGACACUUUCAAGAAAGUCACCACGUCGCUGGUUUCCGGUACCACCCACUACGGCCAGAUCCCCACCGAACACUGGUCCUACCCGGAAUGGAUCGAUCAGGACAAGGCCAAGGAAGUGCGGGAGGCCAUGGACGCAAAGAAGAUCAUCUACGGCGGUUCUGAGAGCUACCGUCACAUGUGUCGCUACGAGUCCGGCUUCUUCUUCCGUCACGAACUGAUGAUGAACUACGAAUACUACUGGCGUGUAGAGCCCAGCAUUGAACUCUACUGCGACAUCAGCUUCGACCCCUUCCGCUACAUGAAGGACAACAACAAGAAAUACAGCUUCACUCUCAGUCUCUACGAAUACUACGAAACCAUCCCUACCCUGUGGGACAGCGUCAAGAAGUUCAUGGGCAACCACCCGGAGCACAUCGCCGAUGGCAACUCCAUGGAUUUCCUCAGCGAUGACGGCGGCAAGACCUACAACAAGUGUCACUUCUGGUCCAACUUUGAGAUUGGAAGUCUGGAGUGGCUGCGGUCCAAGCAAUACAUUGACUACUUCGAGUCGCUGGACCAGGACGGCGGCUUUUUCUACGAGCGCUGGGGUGAUGCGCCGGUGCACUCGAUUGCCGCUGGCAUCCUCCUGAAAAAGGAGCAGAUCCAUUUCUUCGACGAGAUCGCCUACUACCACGUCCCCUUUACCCACUGCCCCACCUCUGAGAAGAUGAGACUGGAGAACAAAUGCUCCUGCAACCCCAGCGACAACUUCGACUGGAAGGGCUACUCCUGCACAUCCCGCUUCUUCCAGGUGAACAACAUGGAGAAACCAGAAGGGUACGAAAGUCAAAGUUGA